GGCCAAAGCUACAAAACUCCAAAAUCCAAAGGGGAAUUGCGUGAUACAUUGUUUCGUUUUCCCGCAGUACCGUAACAUCCAUCCUUGCUACUGAGGGCCUGUUUGGAGCAAGCCUAAAAUUGAAGAGGGAUUUUCUCAUUUCUCCGUGAAAACAUUUUUUCUCUUUACAACGAUGGAUAAGUCAAGCUUAAACGAAUCUCCAUUCCCUAAGCUCUCUUUAGACGAGGUGUUGGAAUUGGAAAGAUUAUAUCAGGAUAUGGGAGAAAAAUCACUUGAUCGCAAAUUCUUCCAGGAGAUUGCUAAACACUUUAGUUCCUCAUCAAACUGUGCUGCCAAAACUCCCUUAUCGUGGCAACAGGUGCAGCAGUGGUUCAAAAAUAAAGAGAAAGAGUCACAGGAUAAUCUUUCAGAUUCAUGUAAUUUAGAGAAUGGACACAAAAGCACUUCAAGUUCAAAAGUUAAACCAGAUGUAGAUCUCUCAGAUUUGGCAUUUGAAGCAAGAUCUUCAAAAGACUUUGCAUGGCAUGAUAUUGCAAUGUUCCUUAACCACAGAGUUAUGAGCACAGGCGAACUUGAAGUCCGUGUACGAUAUGCUGGAUUUACUAAAGAGCAGGAUGAGUGGGUGAAUGUGAUGGAGGGGGUGCGGGAAAGAUCCAUUCCUUUAGUACCUUCCGAGUGUCACAAGGUGAAGGAUGGACAUCAUGUACUAUGUUUCCUGGAAAGAGAAGAUUAUGCCCUCUAUUGUGAUGCUCAUGUUGUAAAAAUCGAGAGGAGGAUACAUGAUCCAACAGAGUGUAGGUGCAGCUUCAUUGUCCGAUAUAUCCAUGACAACACUGAGGAAGUUGUUCGUUGGAACAGGUUAUGCUGUAGGCCCACACAAGAAGAAUCUGUGGUCUUCCCAACUCCCACCUGUAAUCCCAUUCUAAAUCCCAUAGAGAGCUUGUGGGGAUGAAAAGAGCCAGCAUUUCUUUCGUAUUUCCCUUCUUUUUUGGGUUGUGUUUCUUGUUUCUUACAACAUAAAAUAGGUCUAAAAAAAAGCGUCGGAAGUUGGAAUGGAAUGUCUUACUCUCCUUUUGGGGGUUCUUUUUUAUUUUUUAUUUUUGCUACUGGGUUCUUUUUUAUUUAGGUUCUUGUAAAGUAGUGUUCUUUCAUUAGAUCAUUAGUGAAGAAAUUAAUAACAUAAAUUUUU